UACCUCUUCGCCUUUCUCGAACCUUCCUAAAUUUUGCCUCUCGUCUCCGGGUACUGGACACCCGCACGACCUCGCCCCUCCGGAAUCCUACAGAGUUUCCAAAAUUCAAUUUCUCCCCUCAAGAAAUGAAUAAGAUUUAGCAUUGUAUUGAUCUCGAUGAGUCGGGUCAUCGCUUCUUCUUCGACGGUAGAGGAGCUCGUAAGGAGUGAGGUGCCGGAUUGGGACGACGAGGUCACCGCGGUAGCCCGCUUCAAAGCCUUCAGCGGGCAGCGGACGGAUUGGGAGUCGAAAUUUGUCUUCUGGCGGGAUCUCAUCAUCAGAGUCGCUCGCCAUCUGGGCGUCUGCACCCUGAGAGUCUCCGAGGUGAAGAAUACAUGGUUUUCUAGAGGAGGAUUGACUCCCUUGUGUCUUGACAGGGUCCUGCAAGAAAUGUAUUGCAAUGGUGAUGUUUUAUCGAGACAAGAUCUAAUUGAUCCGUCCCGUGGCCAUAUCUAUCGGUUGCUUAGAAGAGCAGGGCAACUUGUUGGUGCAUUUAGAUCAUCAUCUUUAAUAGACAGUGUUGAAGAGUGUCUUGUCCUUAAGCCACUGCUCCAAGAAUAUUCUUCUAAUGUUAUUAAAAAUCUUUCUGAAAAGCAUUGGACUUCUACUUGUGUUGUCACAAUGGAUGAGUUCAAGACUGCCUGUAAAGGUUCUGGUGAAGCUUCUUUGAUCUUAAGUUAUCUUUGUGAGAAUGGAAAAGCACAAUAUCUCUCAAUAAGGAAGGAAGAGAUUAUUGAGGGCGUGAAAGUGUCCUUGGUGCCAGUUCCUGUACCAAGUGUCUCCAGCCUGGAUUUUGACGCUUUACAUUUAGUAUGGACAGCAGAAAAGUUGCAGCGGCAAAUUAAUGUGAUUGAUAGCCGUUGGGAGCUUUCUAGAAAAAUGGCAUUGACAUCCUUUAAGUCGGGAAACAAACAAGCUGCAUACAGGCACAUACGACAGUCCAAAUUGUUGUCAGAAACCAGAUCAAAACACACUUCCUUUUUGGAACGGGUGGAGGAAGUUCUCAGUGUCAUUGCUGAUGCUGAAUCUACUAAAAAGGUUUCUGAAGCUAUCCAGGUAGGUGUUCAAGCAAUAAAGGAAUGUAAUAUUAACGUGGAGGAAGUGCUGGACCAACUCCAAGAACUCGAUGAACAUAUUAAAGCACAAAAGGAAGUCGCUGAAGUCUUAGAAUCCACACCCUUACAGACACUGGACAUGGGUGACGAAGACAUUGAAGAAGAAUUCAGGAAGCUGGAGCUUGAAAUCUCGGGUGAGAUUCACCCACCCAAGCUCCAGGAGCCUGUUGACCAAGAUGUUAAUGGAGCAAGUUCACAAGUGUUCUCCGAGAUAUUGACCCAGGACCUGUCUAAACUCAACCUUGAGGCGGCUUAAGUUUGUUUAACAUUAUCAGCUGCAUCUAUUGAUCUUGAAAACUUGAAAGAUCAGAGAGGAAACUCUGCAUAUCUGUAUAUAGAAACACUGUAAAAGUACCAGAUAAUUCUAUAAAUAUAUAUUCAGUUAUGCAUUUUUUUUAUGUAACCUUGCAAAGUCCAUCUAGUAAUUUUUCUGUUCCAAUUGUAUUGUGAUUA